AUGAAGGUCCGGAAAGGCUGCUGGACAUGCGCAGAUCGCAAGAUCCAAUGUGACGGAACUCGGCCAAAGUGCCAAAAGUGCGCAAGGUCAAGGAGAGAAUGCCAUGGAUAUGAGAUUCGGCUUUCCUGGCCCAGACAGAACGACAGAAAGCGUGCAAUAACUGUAAAAAUCACUCAGGAUAUUGUCAAUUUUCCGAGCCGCCGGGAGUCUGGCAAAGCUGUAUUCCUGAAUACCUUUGGACAGGAUCUGGAAGAGUACGGCUAUAGGGCCGGAGAAUCACGGCUUUCUCGCCCCUUGGAACCUUCCCCAAAGUUGAGAUUGCAGCCUCAUCAGCAGAUCCAUCAUAUGGACCUCAUCUAUCACUUCCAUAACUUUGCUCAUGUGUCGUUGGUCACAUUUGGCCAACGUUCUUCUGAGAUACGGGAUGUACUCCUUGGGAUGGCUUUAGUGCAUGAUGAAGUCUCCGGCGUCGCUCUCUUCCACGCUUUACUCGCCUUCUCUUCGCUUCACCGCCAUGGUCUCAAUGGGCAUACCAUACAGCUCAAGGGCCGCGCUCUCCAGACGCUCUCGGCUUCGGUCAAGGGCGAUACUUUGACUUCAGGGAAAGCUGCACAACACGUAGCUGCGUCUAUGCUUCUAGGGGCGUUCGAACCACUUGAGGGCACUAGUGAAUGGCUUUUGCAUGUAUGGGGGGCUACAGACAUGGUACAAGCAACUCCCCUGAGGGAUCAAACGCCUAAUAACGACACGGGUCGGCUCCUUCAAUGGGUGCACUAUCACGAAACACUUUCACGCUUCGCUAUGCAUCAUUGGCGACACAAUUCACUGGUUGCAGAGGGGCCAUCAAGAAGUGCCCGUGGGCUCCAAGUUGCUGAACAGAUUUCUUUGACAAGGCACAGACUUGUGAGGGAUCUCUCCAUCACCAGCCUCACCCAUCCUACCGUCAAUCCUACAUAUGCGAUCUUGAAUCUGCUAUCCGAAGUCUGCGAUACAGUUCUCGACCCAAGAGAUCCCCGGACCAGCAGUACGAAGUACCAAACUCAUCUCCAAGAUUUGAAGAGCAGGGUAGGAAACGUCUCCAUCGAGGCAGCCUCCGCCGAGCCCACGCCUGAUGCCAUGUUUGCCGUCCACCUCUACCAAAUAGCAACGCAGAUCUAUCUUGCGCGAGUCUCCCAAAGCCCGUGGGAGGCGACGGAAGACCUCGACGCUCUCGUCGAUGCCGCAUUCGCGGGCCCUAUUAAGUCAUGCUCCUGUGAGCAUUUCUUUCCCUUGCUCAUCCUAGCUUGCGAAGCACACAGGGACGACCAAAGAUUAGCCAUUGUCAACCUGAUCGAAAGGACACAGAGGGAUACGCGCAUCCGUAGUAUUGAGGGGGUUAGGAACACAGUCAGAUCCAUCUGGGCGCAGCAAGACCUGCACAAAGAUGACGAGGUACUGAUGGACUAUCUCGGUAUCAUGACUACUGCGAUCAGCUCCGGCAGCGCUGUACCGUCUUUCGCGUAA